CUCUCACGGUGAAGUACAUGACGAGGAGAUUUAUCAACGAAUACGAUCCACAUCUAGAGGAUAUUUACACUAAGCCAGAAAACAUCGACGGCCAAGAUGUCCUGGUUAAGGUCAUGGACACAUACGACAAGGAGGGUUCGAAUCCCGAUCGGUACUUGCGGUGGGCCGAUGCCUUCAUCGUGGUCUACAGCAUCACAAACCGUCAGAGCUUCGAAAGUGCGCAGUGCUACAUGGAGAUGAUAUCACAGUAUCUGCAGGUGAACAACAAGUCGGCGCCGAUGAUAUUGGCGGGAAACAAGAUGGACCUUGAGCGAUAUAGGCAGGUGAGCAAGGGCGAGGGCGCGGCGAUGGCCGACCAGUUCGAAUCGCAGUUCCACGAGACGACGGCCGCCGAGGAGUACGAGCACGUUGAGCGCGUGUUCCGCGAGGCGGUGCGGCAGUCGCAGCGCGAGCAGGAGCAGCAGGCGCCGCUGAAGCCGCUCUUCAUCUCCGAGGACAAGGGCGCGCUCACAUCCCUGCUCAAUCCGUCGGGCAACGCGACGAUCGCGCGCACGUCGUUUCGUCGCUCCAAGUCGCCGAGCAACCCGUUCAGCACGAAGCCGGGCAAGGACGCGACGCCGCCGCCGCGCAAGGUCGGCCCGAGCAGCAGCACCUUUCGCAUUCCGGCCAAGCUCAAAGACAUCUUCUCAAAGCAGUGAUGACAACAGCCGGAGUGGGUGGUGUGGUGUGUGGGGGGGAUGUUAGUCGACCGCUCGAGUCCUGCGUUCGCGAACUGGUCCGGGUUUUUGUACAUUUUGCGACUGAUCGACGUGAUUUUCUUUUCGCCCAGCGCCGCGUCACGUUGCGGUGAUUCACAAGGGUCGCGAUGGUCAAGACACGCCGCAAAGAGCGGUUGCUAGAAGAGCGAAGAACAGCUGUCACCAUGUGGCAGCUUAGCAGGAGAGAAGCCAGGAGCAACUGUCGCCUUCAUGACAGUUUAGUGGAAGAGUUAAGAACAAUUGUCACCGUGUGACAGUUUAGUAGAGGAAUUAUGAACAACUGCCCCACCCGUCGCAGCUUAGUGGAGGAGUUCAGAACAACUGUCAACUCGUGAUAGCUUAGUGUAUGGGAUAGGAACAACACUCACACCCAUGUCAGUAUAGUGGAUGAGCCAAGAACAACUGUCCCCUUUAUGACAGCUUAGUGGAAGAAUUCAGAACAACUGUCACCUUGUGACAGCUUAGUGGAAUAGCUAAUAACAACUGUCACCUUGUGACAGCUUAGUAGAAGAGCUAAGAACAACUGUCACAUUGUGACAGCUUAGUAGAAUAGGUAAUAACAACUAUCACAUUGUGGCAGCAUAGUGAAACAGCUAAGAACAACUGCCACCUAGUGGCAGCCUCUGUCUGUGAGCGGUGAGGGGUAUACUUAGCCUGUCGGCUUACAGAGGGUAACAUUGCCAACACAAUGUUUCUCUCGUAUUUAAAUAGAUUUACGUUCGGCCUGAUGUGACGCCUUUUCCGGAAUCCGAAACCGCAACUUCCUAUGAAGGUAUAACAAAGAAUUACGUACUCAAAAGCAUGUAAUUAGGAGCCAUUGUAAGGUGCAUGCAGUUCCGGGAAAAACUUCCUGCGGCUUCUGUCGACGCCAAUAUGGCGACGUUGGUAAUUGAGUCUCUUGUAACAUUACAGUGAUAAGAAUGCAGAACGACAGACGAUAUCUUAAUCCUUAGUUGAUGAAAGGUACGUGAGCAAAUGUGCCAAAGCAGUCAAAGAAACUAAUAAUGUGAGUAUCAUAAAACAUAAUGACUUUAGCAGAAUGUUAUAGAGCAGGAAGUGCCCGGGAUUAAAUAAAUACGUUUCAACUGAAUGAGUUAGUAAACCCAAAUAGUCGUACAACGCAGUUAUACGAUACAGUCCAUAAUUUUACAGUCUAUAAUAAGUAUACAUGAUGAGCUUUAUUUAACGCUAACAAUAUUCACAACGUGUAAUAUAAAUACGAUUUGCUACACAUGUAUUGUUUAUUGCAUAAUAAAGAUCUAACUAUAUGAACUGUA